UUUGUGAGGUUCUCUUUCUGUUUAGGGCUUUCUAUGAAUUUAAUCUACUUUUACAUAAUCUUUGGGUUGAAAAUAAAACAAAAAUUUGAGAAGUUUGUCAUUUGUCUUUUUUUCAGCCAAAAGUCCAAACUUAUUUGGAUACUGUUAUUGACUCUCCCAACUCACAUUGGUCGACUAAUGCAAUUUCCAUCACCCGUUCUUGGAUGAAGACUGGCCUUGAACGUCGUUGUAUAACUCGAGACUUGAAAUGGGGUAUUCCUGUUCCUCUCCCCCAAUUCUCUUCAAAAGUUUUCUAUGUUUGGUUUGAUGCUACAAUUGGCUAUUUAUCCAUAACAAAAUCUUUACUUGGCUCUAAAUGGGUUAAUUGGUGGAAAAAUCCGGAGCAAGUUGAACUUUACAAUUUUCUGGGAAAAGAUAAUGUCUCCUUUCACACAAUUAUCUUCCCUGCUUCUCUUUUAGCAACUGGUGAAAAAUAUACUCAUCCAAGGCAAUUUUAUUUUUUUUCUUGA